UUUUCGUAGCUAGUUCAGUUUGUGCAUUGCCCGCAGAGAGAUGAGUUCCCCAUGGACGAUUUUACUUGGCCUUUUCCUGAUCAGCAGCCAGGUUCUAGCUGAUCUGUAUGGUGAUGCCCAGACGCUGGAGAAGUGCCUGCGGGAGCUGAGCUCGCCCGAGAACAUCGCCGGCGACCUGCAGAAGCUGGAGCGGUAUGCGUCGUGGACGCAUGAGGAGCUGCCCUGCCUGCUGCGGUGCCUGGCCAGGGAAAAGGGCUGGUUCGACCCGGAGGCCAACAAGUGGAGGCUCCAGCGCCUGACCGACGAACUAGGCGCCGAUAUGUACAACUACUGCAGGUUCGAGCUGCGGCGGACCACGACCGAUGGCUGCAGUUUCGCAUACCGCGGACUCAGGUGUCUGAAGCAGGCCGAGAUGUAUGCCGGCACCACCUUGAGCACCCUGCUACAGUGUUCCCGCCAGAUGAACGCCACCAACGUGCAGCUGAUGCAGUACAGUAGGCUGAUGGCCAAGGAACACAUUCCGUGCCUGUUCCAGUGCUUCGCCGAUGCCAUGGGCUUCUACGACUCCGCUGGCAACUGGAGGCUGGUCAAUUGGCAGCAGGCUUUUGGUCCUGCCGAAAAUGAGGAGCCGUCUGUCGCUGCGAACUACAGUAGCUGCCGCCUAAGUGAGAAAGAGCGGCAGGAGGCAGGCAACAAGUGCUCGUGGAUGUACCAGGAGUACUUGUGCUGGGAGCGAAUAAAUGGAAAUUAUCUGACGAAGGAGAAAUCUUGAGACCUAAAUGGUAUUACUCCCACAAAAAAAACCUUUUCUCGUACCAAAAAUUAUUUUAAAAGCGAGCAGGAUUUUUAUUCGAACGAAUAGUUUUGGGACAUGUUUUUCAAAUGACCGAAUUACUAAAUGUUAAUUAAAAUUAUUUAAGCAACCUUGGA